AUGUCGUUGAUGAGGGAGGUGCGUGAGGCGCUCGAGUUGCCACCGACGAGUGCGCUGCCACGCCUGCGCACGCAUCCCGCGCCGGAAUCGAUUUUAGGGGCGCUUAGGCGGCUGGAUAUUUUGUACGGUCGCGAUGCCACGCUGGACGUGGAUGCAUCCUUGCUUGAUGAGUUGGAUGCGGCGCGAGCUGAUCCGGCAGAGCGUUCUUACGCACUCGAAUGGCUCAUGCGUCUCGUCGAGUCAGACAUGACGUGGAUGGAAGAUGUCAAUGUGCGUCGCACGGCUGUAGACCAUGCGGCUCGCAUCCUAGCUGGGAGUACGCAUGCUCUCGAAGACGGAGAUCUCGUGCGAGACUUUACAUUUCCCAUGAAGGAGCACGGAGAGCUGCCACCCGCCUUUGCAGCUGAUGCGUCGCAUAGCAGCAUUCAUGUAUCGAUUCGUGAUGCAUCCUUGCCCCCGUCUGACGCGCAUAGCGCACAGGGCGCCGUUGAAGCAGCCGCAGCCGUCGGCGUGCAGACGUACGCCAGUUCGAUUAUUAUGUGCGACUUGCUCGUGCGCUGCCCUAGUGCGUGGUACAAACGCUUGAAUGAGAAUUUGCCCGUGCCAUUCCGCGUUAUGGAGCUAGGUGCCGGUACUGGCAUUGUUGGCAUGGUCGCGGCGCAUGUAUUGAGCUGUAUAAAGGCCGAGAAAGCGGUCGUGCACUUGACCGACUACCAUGAAGAUGUCAUGACCAAUCUGCGUCACAACGUGGAGCAUCGCCUUUGUUUACCGAAUACAUGCGUGCACGUCGAGUGCAUGCCCCUGGACUGGCGUGCGUUGUAUGAUAUUGUGUGCCCACAGCAUGCGAGUGGCACAGCGGUAGCAUGUACGCCGCCACCGCCCCAAUCGUACUCGCUGCUUCUUGUGGCGGAUCCCAUCUACGAUCCGAAACACGCAGCCUGGCUUGUGGCUGCGAUUAUGUACCUACUAGCGCAGCCAGAUACGGAUCCUGAUGCGCGGGCGCAUAUUCUGCUGCCGGUGCGCACGGCUGGGCGCUUGGCGGGACUGUAUGCGACACUGGAUGUGUCGCUACAGGAACAUGGGCCUUGGCAGGGAUACCGCCUCAUGUCUUUACAUCAAACGCGCCUUCCACGCCGCCCAGGCUUGGGCCGGCAGGACGAGAGCGAGUACAUUUGGACAGAGCUCGCAUGGUGCGCUGCUUCGUAG